CAAAGCGAGCGCAACGGGAACGGUCGAUCCGCCCGAAGCAGCAGUUCAGCGAAAUAUUAGAUACUCCUCGUUAGUUCUGAAUCGUCAACCGAAUUGCCAGAUUCGAUUUCAAAACAUCAUUGAAAAAUACCUUAAAACAUAGGCUACCUGAAUAUCGGUACUCCUGCCGCGUGUGUGUUCCUAGUGAAAGUUUUCCUCGCCACCCCGCAGAAUGGUCACCCUAAUGCCCUACAACUACGCUGCCCCGCGAUGCGGUUUAAUUGACAAAAUGAUCGAGCCAAAGGUUAAACGUCCCAAAACAGAGCACACGGAUACACAUGAACGCAACCGCCUCUGCAAUCUGUCACAGCAGCAGCAACAGCAACCCCAGCAGCAACAGUCGCACCAGCAGCAGCAGCAGCAACAGCAACAGCAGCAAUCCCAUCCCAGCACCGUGUUGGCCAGCAAUGGACCCAGUAGCGCCGGUGCCGGCAUGGGUGUCGGUGUGGGCGGCGGGGGCGGUGGCGGUGGAGGGGGCGUGGUCGGGCAGUGCAGUCCGCUGGGACUGCCGCCGCAGAGCCAACCGCUGCAGCCGACAAUCGGAUCGCUGGCCUCGCUGAGCGGCCACUACUCGAACGGGAAUGCCAAUCCGAACGUGAACUCGAGCAGCUGCAGCCUGGCAGCAGCCUCCGGCUUCUCGCAAUCCGCUGGCAGCAGCUUCUCCACAUAUCAACAGGCGGGCGGAGGAGUUUCCGGCGAAGAUGGGGGAGGAGCAACUGUGAUGUCGCACUGGACGCACGACGGCACUGGUGGCUCGAGUGCGGCGGUCAAGUCGGAGUCCCGCAGUCCCGUGGGCCAAGUGCAUGCCUCGCUGGACAACGGUGCGGUGGCCAGUUCCAAUCUGUACGGCUGCACAUCCGCCGCCAAUCCCCUGGACGGCGGAGCAGCCUCGGCGGUCAACUCCUCGGCGGUGGCAGCAGCUGCAGCGGCCGUGUACGACGGGAAGCACGACUACUACUACUACAACAGCAUGCAGCAGUAUACGCCGCCGCCGUUCUACUCUGGCUACGGAACUCCCUAUGCCGCUGCAACGGCGGCACGACAGGCCAAGAUGGAGCCCGGAGCAGCGGCUGCAGCGGCGGCGUACCUGACGCCCAGCUAUGCCGGCGGUGGCAACAACAACUCGCAGCUGUACAGCAGUCCGUAUGCCGGCUACAACAACUUCGGGCAGCAGGACUACGGCGGCUACUACAACGAGCAGUACGGGAACUACUACAGUCCGGCCAAUUACUCGCCCUAUGCGGUGAGCUCGCCCAGCUCGAGUGCCAGCCACGGGCACGGCUUCCAUGUGGCGGCCUCCUCGAAUCUCUCCGAGAGUCCCACGGACACCCACUCGACGACGCCGGUGCACCAGACCACCCACUCGCCGCACUCCCCGCUGCCGAUCUCGCCGAGCGCCGGGUCAGGAAUCGGACCACUCGGCAAUGUGGCGGCUGCGGCGGCGGCGGCUGCUCUCAACUCCAGCGGAGGCAGCAGUGUGGGCACCUCGGGUUCGGGGGGCGUGGCGGCCAGCAAGACCACGCCCACGGGCAAGACGGGAAGGGCGCGUGGACGGCGCCAUCAGCAGCCCAGCCCAACCAGAAGCACUGCCUCCGACACUGGGAACAGUGAGGCUGUGAAGCCACCAGAGCGGGUGUUCGUCUGGGACCUGGACGAGACCCUCAUCAUCUUCCACACCCUGCUGUCGGGCAGCUAUGCCAACCGAUACACCAAAGACCACAGCUCCCUGAUGACCAUCGCCUUCCGCAUGGAGGAGAUGGUCUUCAACAUGGCCGACACGCACUUCUUCUUCAACGAGAUCGAGGAGUGCGACCAGGUCCACAUCGACGACGUCAGCUCGGACGACAAUGGCCAGGACCUGAGCGCCUACAACUUCGCCACGGACGGCUUCCACACGAACACCCCGCCCGGCGCCCCGCCCAAUCUCUGCCUGCCCACCGGCGUGAGGGGCGGGGUCGACUGGAUGCGCAAGCUGGCCUUCCGCUACCGGAAGAUCAAGGACAUCUACAACAGCUACCGGGGAAAUGUUGGCACCCUGUUGGGACCCGGAAAACGCGAGGCCUGGCUGCAGAUCCGCUCGGAAAUCGAGGUGGCCACCGACAACUGGGCCACGCUGGCGCUCAAGUGCCUGAGCAUGAUCUCCCAGCGAGAGAACUGCGUCAAUGUGCUGGUCACCUCCACGCAACUGGCCCCGGCGCUGGCCAAGGUCCUGCUCUUCGGACUGGGCGGAAUCUUCAACAUCGAGAACAUUUACAGUGCGCACAAAAUCGGCCAUGAAACCUGCUAUGAGCGGAUCGUGACUCGCUUCGGGCGCAAGAGCACCUACGUGGUGAUUGGAGAUGGGAACGAGGAGGAGACCGCCGCCAAGGCCAUGAACUUCCCCUUCUGGCGCAUCUCCGCCCACAGCGACAUUCGCGCCCUCUACACUGCCCUCGACAUGGGCUUCUUAUGAAAGGCCAAACUGUAAUGGAUCAACUCCUAUUUUGGACAGGCUCGAAGCAGUUUUGAGUACAAACAGCAAGGAAAUGUUUAAUUAAUUUAUUUAAUAUGUAUGUGCGUGCGUGCGUGUGUGUGUGUGAGACAAGCAACAAAUGGAACAACUGUAAACCAGCGCAAAAUAAUUUAAUUAUUUUGUUUAAACAACUUAUACUUUAACGCCAAGACUUUUUGUAUUAUAUAGUUUUAAAACACCUAAUCAACGAUCGUAACAAUUCUCGCACGAAGUUGUUUCAAGUGUAUAAUUCAUAAUAUUAACGAUAUACGUAUUUAGCACCUUAGA